AGAGGUCAAAGGUCAGUCCCGCAAGUUCCGCUUCCGGUUCCGGGAUCCUGUUUGUUGUCUGAAAGCUUUGUGGCUUCGGUGAGCUCUCGGAGCCAAUUUCUAGCGUCCGUGCGGGGGACAGGUGUGCAGAGGUUGGCUGCUGCAGACAUGGCGGCCUCCACCGCGGCCGGGAAACAGCGGAUUCCCAAAGUGGCCAAGGUGAAAAACAAAGCCCCGGCUGAGGUACAGAUAACUGCUGAACAACUCUUAAGAGAGGCUAAAGAAAGAGAACUUGAGCUUCUUCCACCUCCACCUCAACAGAAGAUCACAGAUGAAGAAGAAUUAAAUGAUUAUAAACUAAGGAAAAGGAAGACUUUUGAAGAUAACAUAAGAAAAAACAGGACUGUGAUUAGUAACUGGAUAAAAUACGCACAAUGGGAAGAAAGCCUAAAGGAGAUUCAAAGGGCUCGAUCCAUCUACGAGCGUGCUUUAGAUGUAGACUAUCGAAAUAUUACACUCUGGCUGAAAUACGCAGAAAUGGAAAUGAAGAAUCGCCAAGUCAACCAUGCUCGAAAUAUCUGGGACCGGGCCAUAAUAACGCUACCUCGAGUUAAUCAGUUCUGGUACAAGUACACGUACAUGGAGGAAAUGUUGGGAAACAUUGCCGGUGCCCGGCAGGUGUUUGAGCGCUGGAUGGAGUGGCAGCCUGAGGAGCAAGCCUGGCACUCUUACAUCAACUUUGAGCUGAGAUACAAAGAGGUGGAUCGGGCCCGCACCAUUUAUGAGCGAUUUGUCCUCGUGCACCCUGAUGUUAAGAACUGGAUCAAGUAUGCCCGCUUUGAAGAAAAACAUGCUUAUUUUGCCCACGCACGGAAAGUGUAUGAGAGAGCUGUGGAAUUCUUUGGAGAUGAACAUAUGGAUGAGCACCUUUAUGUCGCCUUUGCCAAGUUUGAAGAAAAUCAGAAAGAGUUUGAAAGGGUACGAGUGAUUUACAAGUAUGCCCUGGACAGAAUUUCAAAACAAGAUGCCCAAGAACUCUUUAAAAAUUAUACCAUCUUUGAGAAGAAGUUUGGUGAUAGGCGGGGUAUUGAAGAUAUCAUUGUGAGCAAACGGAGAUUCCAGUACGAAGAAGAAGUGAAGGCGAAUCCACACAAUUAUGAUGCAUGGUUUGAUUACUUGCGUUUGGUAGAAAGUGACGCAGAAGCUGAAGCUGUGAGAGAAGUCUAUGAAAGGGCCAUUGCCAAUGUCCCACCCAUUCAGGAGAAGAGGCACUGGAAGCGCUACAUUUAUCUUUGGAUCAACUAUGCACUUUAUGAAGAAUUGGAGGCAAAGGAUCCUGAGAGGACAAGACAGGUGUAUCAAGCCUCUUUGGAAUUAAUUCCUCACAAAAAGUUCACAUUUGCCAAAAUGUGGAUACUGUAUGCACAGUUUGAAAUACGACAGAAGAAUCUGUCAUUAGCCAGAAGAGCAUUGGGAACUUCCAUAGGCAAGUGUCCAAAGAACAAAUUAUUUAAAGUUUACAUAGAAUUGGAGCUACAGCUUCGAGAAUUUGACAGAUGCCGGAAGCUUUAUGAAAAGUUCCUGGAAUUUGGACCUGAAAAUUGUACCUCAUGGAUUAAAUUCGCUGAAUUAGAGACAAUCCUUGGUGAUAUUGACAGAGCACGGGCAAUCUAUGAAUUAGCCAUCAGUCAGCCACGUUUAGACAUGCCAGAGGUGCUUUGGAAAUCAUAUAUUGAUUUUGAAAUUGAGCAGGAAGAAACGGAAAGAACACGAAACCUUUACCGGCGGUUGCUUCAACGGACACAGCAUGUCAAGGUAUGGAUCAGCUUUGCUCAGUUUGAGUUGUCUUCAGGAAAAGAAGGAAGUUUGACUAAAUGCAGACAAAUUUAUGAAGAAGCUAACAAAACCAUGCGAAACUGUGAAGAAAAGGAAGAGAGACUUAUGCUGCUGGAAUCUUGGCGAAGUUUUGAAGAAGAAUUUGGAACAGCUUCAGAUAAGGAGAGAGUAGACAAACUCAUGCCAGAGAAAGUCAAGAAGAGAAGAAAGGUCCAGACUGACGAUGGGUCUGAUGCAGGCUGGGAAGAAUACUUUGAUUACAUCUUUCCAGAAGAUGCUGCCAACCAACCUAACCUCAAACUCCUGGCCAUGGCCAAACUGUGGAAGAAACAGCAGCAGGAAAAGGAGGAUGCUGAGCACCAUCCAGAUGAGGACGUUGAUGAGAGUGAAUCCUGAUCUUUUUUUCUUAUUGACAAAUGUUUUGUUAUUUUUAUAAAUUAAUUGUUUGGAACUCUUGUGACUCCUGGAAGUUCUUAUAUAUUUCAUCAGUAAGAAAUUGAUUGGUAUCUUUGAUGGCUACUUUUUAAGUUAUUUUUUAAAUGCUCUUGGGCUAGCUAGGGGUGGGGAUUGCAAGUAAAGGACUUUUUUAACUGCUGGAUUUCUUUUUCCAACUGAGUCCAAACUUCUCUAAUGUCUGUCCACAUCUUGCAUUAGGAAAUGUAAUUAAGGUAACAUUCUGCGGUAACUUUUCAUGUCAUAACCAUAAAGAUAGUUUAUGCAUUCAUCUGAAAUGUGUAACUUUUUCAUGUCUUCAGAGUCACAGACUUGAGUUCAUUUCCCAGCUCUGUCACUCGUGAUUAUAUAACUUAAUUUUCAUUGUCCUCAUUCACAAAAUGGGCCAAUAGUUUGACAACUCAUUUUGAAGAUUACAUUAUAAAAGGAAUAUACCUGGUGGGUACAUAGUAAGUGCUCAGUAAAGUGUUCUAAGCCACUUUUAAAAA